CCCCACUAGCUUCUUUCUCCCCCACCUUCGAAAAACCGGAAUACGCAACUUCCUCGAUCAGACACAGCGCGGAUGAAACCGGGCGAAAAGACCAUAAAGCCCUCGGAAGCUCCGCAAAGCCUCAAAUCCUUUGUCCUGGAUCGUAAUUUCACUUGUACCGACGUCGGAACUCGCCUCCCAUACUACCUGCACGACACCGUUUUGGAACUGAAUCAGAACUCCCUCCACUGCUCCCACACAAUCUCAUCUCUAUAUACAGGGAGAGAACUUUAGAGAGAGAGCUCAGGCUGCGAUUCGCAGAUGUGGCAGUUCUCGAUUGAAGCUCGAUUGGAGCCUUAAUUUCCAGAUCAAAUGGAUUAUUCUUGCUCGGGUGAGGGCCCUGCUAUGCUGCAGUUGCACAGAUGGAGUCCCUCUCAAUUCCAACUCAAUCUGUCGGAAUUCCGUGAAGCUUUUAUUUCUCCAACAAGGGAGCUUUUAUUAUUGCUUUCUUAUCAAUGUGAAGCCUUGUUGCUUCCUCUAAUUACAGGGAACUCCAUAAACAGUGAUCACCCUGAAACUUUCAAUUAUGAAAGCCUUCAGAAUCCUUAUUCUUCAGCUUUCUCUGCAUCAGUGCCUAGUAGGUCAGAUUCAAGGGAAAAUAUGCCAUGCACUUCUGGAUCAGUAACAGUGGUUUCCGAUAAUGAUUUUUUGUGUGAAAAUAACCUCUCAAAAUGUAGUGGUUACCCUUUUGUUUGUGAUGUAAAUUCACUGGCUUGGGGUGUAUGUGGGGAUAAUUAUAAUCAGCAUAAGGACACUUUUUUCAGAGAACUUCUUUUUGUGUCUGGCAACCAUGGUGUGACUGUCCAUGCUUUUUGCCAACGUGAAAAAAUAAGGGAAAUGACCAAAUCCACACUGGAGGGUGAGUUUGCGCAGGGAAUGUGGGUGGAAUGGGGGCCUUCCUCUACCUCGGUUCACUAUAGGGAGGUAAAAAAGGACGACAGCUGGUGUUGUGAUGCUCCUGAAAUUGUCUUGGAUGUUAAUGGGAGCAGUGGAACCAAGGGAAGUUGUAACUUUUGUGGAAAGGAUAGGGAUGAUGAGUCCGCAAGAAGCCUUACUUCGAAAAAAUGGUUGCGGAGUUUCUUGACUACAGCUGAGACUGUGAAAUCUGAGGGAAACAUUUGGACCAGGUUUCCUGAGAAGCCGUCAUAUCCUUGUUCUGCAAAGGUGGUUUCAUUUAGCAUUUUUGAUAGUAAUUCGCCACUUUUUGACCUCCUUUCUCAUACGAACUGGGUAUCAAAUGGAAACAAGAGUUAUGAGGAAGCAGCACUGAAUCCAGUGAAUGGUGCCUCUGUAAGGCCAGACUCGAGUUCGUCAAGCCUGGAAUUUAAACCUGAUGUUUUGUCCGGUUCUCUGAAUGUCAGCAUGAACAGUUCAUAUAAAUGUUCUAAAGUUUUCUCCAAUAAUUCACAUCACUUAAUUGGAUUUGUUCUAACAGUGGUGGAUUCCAUUCCUGAAAAUACUGGUGAUAUAAGUGAAAAAAGCUGGAAAAAAAUUUUGCUUGCUAUUGCUAGGUUAGAUGGCUGGGGUAUGCAGUGGGUUUGCUCGGUGAAGCUUGAUGAAGGUCUGAAUAUGUGCUCUCUGGUUGGGUGGAUGGACUUCCAAUUUUCUGAUAAUCUUCUUGUUUGUCUUAAUGCUUCUGGCUUAAUCUUCUUUUAUAGUGCAAUGACCGGUGAAUAUGUUGCACAUUUAGAUGUUUUGCAUACUUGUGGAUUUGGACCUCAGCCAAGUUUGCAGGAAGAAGAAAAAAUGGUUGUGGAAGGUGAUUUGGGUCUCAGGAAUGCUGAUUUAAAGAUUAAACAAGUUGAUGGAUUUAAUGACAAGUCAACUCAUAAAAUUAGCAAUUUCUGUAGUAAAAGAAUGUUUAGAAGGUUGGUUGUUGCUUCACAUACGUCACUCUUAGCUGUGGUAGAUGAAUAUGGUGUAAUUUAUGUAAUAUAUGCUGGUGCCUGUGUGCCGGACAAAUAUUAUUCUUUUGAAAAAUUGGUCCCUCAUUUCCAGCAUUUAGGGCUCGGGAUAUUGGCUGGAUGGGAGAUUGGUGGUUCUGAAAUAGGUCACCAGCAGGUAUUCUCUAAUGGUCAUAAUUCCAAUAUUUCAACUGUAAUGGAUGAAAUCUUUUCUGUCAGAGAUGAUAUUGAAAGCAAUGAACUUCAACAAGUCCAGUACAGGAACCUUCAAUUCAAAGGGGCUCAACAUGGUUUACAUUUGAGCGGUUUCUCUGCUGCAUCGAAAAUGGUAGAUGAGAGGUUUCCUAGUUCUGGAUUACUAUCUCACCCUAUGCGAAAGAUCUUUCUUCCCACAAACAAAUUUAGUGAAGAUGACUUUUUUUGCUUUUCUCCAUUAGGAAUCACUCGACUCAUUAAAAAGCAGAAUUCAAAAGGCAAAAAGAGUUUUCAAAUUCUUCAUUCUUAUUUGCAUGUGGAUUCAGUAGUAAAUGAUGAUGGAUACUUGAAUUCUGGAUGUGAAAAGUUUAAUGUCCAAUUGAGGGAAGAAGCUUCCAUAGGGGAAGCUGUUGGGUGCACUUUCCAGGGAUGUUUUUAUUUAGUGACUCAAGGUGGCCUCUCAGUAGUUCUUCCCUCUAUUUCUGUUUCACCAAAUUUCUUUCCUAUUGAAGCUAUUGGAUAUAGACAACCGAGUAUCAGUAUUGGCAUCAGACAGCAAGUGGAAAACAUUGUGGAAAUGGAAGAAUCAAAGCAGCCUUGGCCACCUUGGAAAGUAGAAGUUUUGGAUAGAGUUCUUUUAUAUGAAGGCCCUGAUGAGGCGGACUGCUUAUGUUUGGAAAAUGGGUGGGACCUGAAAAUGUCUCGGAUGCGUCGGUUGCAAUUGGGAUUGGAUUAUUUGAAAUUUGAUGAGAUAGAGCAAUCUUUAGAAAUGCUUGUGAGUGUCAAUUUGGCAGAAGAAGGCAUCUUGAGAUUGAUCUUUGCUGCUGUUUAUCUGAUGUUCCGUAAAGUUGCUAAUGAUAAUGAGGUUUCUGCUGCAUCAAGGCUUCUUGCAUUGGGCACCUGCUUUGCAACCAAAAUGAUUCGCAAAUAUGGGUUGGUACAGCAUAAGAAAGAUGCAUUUGAAUUGCAGGGUGCUAGUGAGACCCAAAUCUAUUCCCUAUCACCAGGUUUACCAAAUAAAGAACAAAUUGAAAUGGAGAACUCAAGAAAGCUCCAUGAGAUGGCUCAUUUUCUGGAGAUCAUCCGUAAUCUACAAUGUCAACUUAGUGCAAAAUUCAAAAGACCCAGUCAAGUGUUGGCGGAUGGUGCCGAGGCAUUAAGUGUGAUGGACAUGAAUUUAUUGCAGGAUGAUGCUCAGCUUUCAAUUCUUUCUGCAGAUGCAAUAUCGUUGGCUACACUGAACCAACAUGAACUUUCUUUCCCUGUAUCUGGAUUGGGCUUCAACGAUACAGAGAAGCUUGCAUUGAUGCCCAUGGAAUCCUUAGACUCCAAAACCUAUUUGGAUUCAAAGAAUAUCAGUGAGUUAUCUGUCCUUGUUUCACAAGGUGGUCUUCCCAUGGAAAACCCGAAGGAUAUGAUCGCACGGUGGGAAAUAGAUAACUUGGACCUUAAAACUGUUGUUAAAGAUGCUCUACUGUCAGGUCGUCUCCCUUUAGCAGUUCUUCAACUUCAUCUUCAUCGUUUAAGAGAUUUGGUAAAUGAUAAAGAGCCUCAUGACACUUUUGCUGAAGUUCGUGACAUUGGAAGAGCAAUAGCUUAUGACCUAUUUUUGAAGGGUGAAACCAGAUUAGCUGUAGCAACACUGCAAAAGCUUGGAGAGGACAUUGAAACUAGCCUUAAAGAGCUGGUAUUCGGCACGAUAAGGAGAUCACUUCGAGUGCAAAUUGCAGAGGAGAUGAAAAGAUAUGGUUACUUGGGACCAUAUGAGUUGCAAAUUUUGGAGAGGAUCUCACUUAUUGAGAGGCUCUACCCUAGCAGUAGUUUCUUGAGAACAGUGGUUGGCCGGAGAAAAGAAUUUAUGAGAGGUUCAUCAAAUUCAGAUUCACCAGGAGGACAUAAUUUGCGCCUAUUGCCUUCCCACAUAUUCAACAAUCUUAUCAUUGAGUGUGGUGAGAUUGAUGGAGUUGUUUUAGGUUCAUGGGAAACUGUUAAUGAAAGCACUGCUGUUCCUGUGCCUGAUGAAGAUGGUGCUCAUGCGGGAUAUUGGGCUGCUGCUGCAGUUUGGUCUAAUGCCUGGGAUCAGACAACCAUUGACCGUAUAGUGCUGGAUCAACAUUUUCUUACGAGUGUUCAAGUAUUAUGGGAAUCACAACUUGAGUAUUACAUAUGCCGCAAUGACUGGGUGGAGGUGUCCAAACUCUUGGAUGUGAUCCCUUCAUCUUUAUUAUCAUAUGGAAGCCUUCAAAUCAGUCUGGAUAGUUUACAGUCUGCUUCAACUGUUGGAUGCAAUCGGGAAUUUCCUGACUAUGGCAACUAUAUAUGUUCUAUUGAAGAAUUGGAUACAGUGUGCAUUGACAUUCCAGCUAUUAAAAUUUUCAGACACUCAGCCAAUAACAUUUGCUCCAUAUGGUUAAGAAUGUUCAUGGAGCAGGAGCUUGCUAAGAAAUUUAUAUUUUUGAAAGACUAUUGGGAAGGCACAGCGGAGAUAAUUCCUCUUCUGGCACGUUCAAACUUCAUUACUAGCAGAACUAAAAUUCCAAUGCAGGACAAGUAUAUUGAGAGUUCAUCAGAUUUGAAUAUCUCAAACAUUGAUGGGGCAUUGCAUGCAGAUACUGUGCAAGCUUUGCAUAAACUUGUUAUACAUCACUGUGCGCAAUACAACUUGCCAAAUCUUCUGGACAUUUAUCUUGACCAUCACAAGUUAGCACUAGACAAUGAAUCACUUUUGUCAUUACAGGAAGCUGCUGGAGAUUGUCACUGGGCAAAGUGGUUGCUCUUAUCUAGGAUUAAGGGCCGAGAAUAUGAUGCAUCAUUCUUGAAUGCUCGUUCAAUCAUGUCACGCAAUUCAGUUCCAAGUAACAACCUCAAUGUCUUGGAGAUCGAGGAAAUAAUUCGUAUUGUUGAUGACAUAGCCGAAGGGGGAGGGGAAAUGGCAGCUUUAGCAACCCUAAUGUAUGCCCCUGUUCCCAUUCAAAAUUGCCUGAGUAGUGGUAGUGUAAACAGACACUAUAGCUCCUCAGCUCAGUGCACCUUAGAGAACCUUAGGCCAACCCUUCAACGUUUCCCUACACUUUGGCGCACCCUUGUAGCAGCCAGUUUCGGACAUGAUGCAACUAGCAAUUUUUUGAGCCCUAAAGCAAAGAAUGUAUUUGGCAAUUCAUCUUUAUCAGACUAUUUGAGCUGGCGAGAUAACAUAUUCUUCUCUACUGCACAUGAUACUUCGCUACUACAAAUGCUCCCAUGUUGGUUUUCUAAGGCCAUAAGGAGGUUAAUUCAGCUAUAUGUUCAGGGUCCUCUUGGAUGGCAAUCCCUAGAAUCUUUUCCACCUAGAGAUGUGGAUCUUUUUGUCAAUUCUAAUGACCAUGCUGAUAUUAGCGCCAUAUCCUGGGAAGCAGCUAUUCAAAAGCAUGUUGAGGAGGAACUCUAUGCUUCUUCACUCCGGGUAGUAGAAUCUGGCCUUGGACUUGAGCAACACUUGCAUCGUGGACGUGCACUAGCAGCUUUUAACCAUCUUCUUGGUGUUAGAGUUCAGAAGUUGAAAUUGGAAAAUACCAAAGGGCAGUCAAGUGCCUCAGUAAAUGGACAGACAAAUGUCCAAUCAGAUGUCCAAAUGCUUCUCUCUCCCAUCACACAAAGUGAAGAGUCUCUUCUUUCAUCUGUCACACCACUUGCUAUUAUACAUUUUGAGGAUUCUGUGUUGGUGGCUUCAUGUGCUUUUCUCUUGGAGCUUUGUGGGUUAUCUGCCAGCAUGCUUCGCAUCGACAUUGCUGCCUUGAGACGGAUAUCUUCUUUUUACAAGUCCAGUGAAUAUACUGAGCAUUAUAGGCAACUUUCACCGAAAGGUUCUGCAUUGCAUGCAGUAUCCCAUGAAGUUGAUAUAACAAAUUCUCUUGCUCAAGCAUUGGCAGAUGAUUAUGUGGGCCAUGAUGGUUCAAGCAUUGUAAAGCAAAAAGGAACUCCAAAUUCGGUUACAAGUAAACGACCUUCACGAGCUCUCAUGCUUGUCCUACAACAUCUGGAAAAGGUAAGUCUUCCAUUGAUGGCUGAUGGAAAGUCAUGUGGAUCUUGGCUAUUCAGCGGCAAUGGUGAUGGUGCUGAGCUUAGGUCUCAACAAAAAGCUGCAAGUCAGCACUGGAAUCUAGUUACAGUUUUUUGUCAGAUGCAUCAGAUUCCCUUAAGCACAAAAUACCUUGGUUUGCUAGCUAGAGACAAUGAUUGGGUUGGAUUUUUGUCUGAAGCCCAGGUUGGGGGAUACCCAUUUGAGAAAGUAAUCCAAGUAGCAUCAAGGGAGUUUAGUGAUCCUCGUCUCAAAAUUCACAUAGUAACUGUUUUGAAGGGCUUGCUCUCAAGAAAAAAAGUUAGCUCUUCAUCAAACUUGGAUACUUCUGAGAAAAGGAAUGAAACUUCCUUUGUAGAUGAAAAUAGCUUUAUCCCAGUGGAACUCUUUGGCAUUCUUGCUGAGUGUGAGAAAGGGAAAAAUCCUGGAGAAGCCCUACUGGUAAAAGCUAAGGAAUUGUGCUGGUCAAUUUUGGCAAUGAUCGCAUCAUGCUUUCCAGAUGUGUCUCCAUUGUCCUGCUUAACAGUUUGGCUGGAAAUUACUGCAGCAAGGGAGACUUCAUCCAUUAAGGUGAAUGACAUUGCUUCUAAGAUUGCAAACAGUGUUGGAGCAGCUGUUGAAGCUACUAAUUCCCUGCCUGUGGGUGGUAGACCCCUCCAGUUUCAUUACAACCGAAGGAAUCCAAAGCGUAGGCGACUCAUGGAGCCCAUCUCAUUGGAACACUUGGCUGCCACCACAUCGGAUGUUUCUUGUGUGUCUGACAGUGCAAAAAUAUUUUCUGUCCAAGGCUUUGUUGCUGAAGUGGAAAGGAAAAGUGAUGCUGGCGAACUUACUAAAGUUUCUGUUAAUUCUGAUGAUGGACCAAAUUCUCUGUCCAAGAUGGUUGCAGUGCUCUGUGAACAACGCCUAUUUCUUCCUUUGCUAAGGGCUUUUGAGAUGUUCCUUCCCUCAUGUUCUCUUUUACCUUUCAUCCGUGCUCUUCAGGCAUUUUCACAAAUGCGCCUGUCUGAAGCUUCAGCACAUUUGGGCUCAUUUUCUGCCAGAAUUAAGGAAGAACCAAUUAUAGGAAGAGAAGGACAGAUUGGAACUUCAUGGAUAAGCUCGACUGCUGUGAAAGCCGCUGACGCAAUGCUUUCAACAUGUCCAUCUCCUUAUGAGAAGAGAUGCUUACUACAACUUCUUGCUGCAACUGAUUUUGGUGAUGGAGGAUCUGCUGCAACGUAUUACCGACGACUUUAUUGGAAAAUUAAUUUAGCGGAGCCUUCAUUACGCAAAGAUGAUGGUCUACACCUAGGUAAUGAGACUCUAGAUGAUUCGUCACUUCUAACAGCAUUAGAAAAGAAUGGGCAUUGGGAACAAGCACGCAAUUGGGCCAGGCAGUUGGAGGCCAGUGGGGGACCUUGGAAAUCUGCUGUUCACCAUGUUACUGAAACACAGGCUGAAUCUAUGGUAGCUGAGUGGAAGGAAUUUCUCUGGGAUGUUCCAGAAGAGAGAGUUGCUUUAUGGAACCACUGCCAAACGCUGUUCCUCGGGUAUUCUUUUCCUGCAUUACAGGCAGGAUUAUUUUUCCUAAAACAUGCAGAAGCUGUGGAAAAAGAUCUUCCAACAAGAGAACUCCAUGAAUUAUUGCUGCUUUCUCUACAGUGGUUAAGUGGGCUGAUAACCCUGUCUAAUCCUGUUUAUCCAUUGCAUCUUCUGCGGGAAAUUGAGACUAGAGUGUGGCUUUUGGCGGUAGAAUCAGAAGCUCAGGUGAAGAGUGAAGGAGGAGACCUCUCUUUUACCACUUCCAGCAGGGACCCAAUAAUUGGAAAGAGCUCAAAUAUUGUAGAUCGGACUGCAAGUAUCAUAGCAAAAAUGGACAAUCAUAUAAAUGCAAUGAGUUGUAGAUCACUAGAGAAAAAUGAUACAAAGGAAAAUAACCAGACAUAUCACAAGAACCCACUGGUUGUUGAUGCCAGCUUCUCAACAGCAGCAGGAGGGAAUAUAAAGACAAAAAGGAGAGCCAAAGGCUAUGUACCAUCAAGACGACCGGUAAUGGACACAUUGGAUAAAAGCACUGAUCCUGAAGAUGGUUCCAGUCUCCUCGAUUCUAGAAAUGACUUGCAAUUGCAAGAUGAGAAUUUUAAAUUGGAAGUAUCCUUUUCACGAUGGGCAGAAAGGGUUGGACAUGGAGAACUAGAAAGGGCUGUUCUUUCUUUAUUGGAGUUUGGACAAAUAACAGCUGCCAAGCAACUCCAGCAUAAGUUGUCUCCAGGACAUAUGCCUUCUGAAUUCAUACUCGUGGAUGCUGCUUUAAAUCUUGCAUCUGUCUCGACGCCUAGUUGUGAAGUACCCAUAUCAAUGCUGGAUGAGGAUGUGCGUUCUGUUAUUCAGUCAUAUAGAAUCAUGCCUGACCACCAUUUGGUCAAUCCACUACAGGUUUUGGAGAGUUUAGCAACCAUUUUCACAGAAGGUAGUGGACGUGGACUGUGUAAGAGAAUAAUAGCAGUUGUAAAAGCAGCAAAUGUGUUGGGACUCUCAUUUUUGGAGGCAUUUAAUAAGCAGCCAAUUGAAGUCCUACAACUGCUUUCUCUUAAAGCACAAGAUUCAUUUGUUGAAGCAAAUCUCCUAGUGCAAACACAUUCUAUGCCAGCCGCUAGUAUUGCUCAAAUACUAGCUGAAUCCUUUCUGAAGGGCCUGUUGGCUGCACAUCGAGGGGGAUAUAUGGAUUCUCAGAAAGAGGAAGGACCUUCUCCUCUACUUUGGAGAUUUUCAGACUUCUUGGAGUGGGCUGAGCUUUGUCCUUCGGAACAAGAAAUUGGCCAUGCAUUGAUGCGUAUAGUGAUCACUGGACAAGAAAUUCCCCAUGCCUGUGAGGUUGAGCUUCUUAUUCUGUCCCACCACUUUUACAAGUCAUCAACUUGCCUUGAUGGAGUUGAUGUCCUUGUAUCCCUUGCUGCAACCAGGGUGGAAACCUAUGUUUAUGAGGGUGAUUUUGCGUGUUUGGCUCGCCUGAUUACUGGAGUUGGAAACUUCCAUGCCCUCAAUUUCAUCCUUGGCAUUCUUAUAGAAAAUGGUCAGCUAGAUCUUCUUCUUCAGAAAUAUUCAGCAGCUGCAGACACAAAUACAGGCACUGGUGAGGCUGACAGAGGAUUUCGAAUGGCUGUUCUCACAUCACUUAAGCAUUUUAACCCAAGUGACCUCGAUGCGUUUGCUAUGGUCUAUAACCACUUUAACAUGAAGCAUGAAACAGCUUCGCUUCUAGAAUCGCGAGCUGAGCAGUCGUUUAAGCAAUGGUUCCUCCGCAAUGACAAGGACCAGAAUGAAGACCUCCUGGAAUCCAUGCGAUAUUUCAUUGAAGCUGCUGAAGUUCACUCCUCCAUUGAUGCUGGCAAUACAACACGCAGAGCCUGCGCUCAGGCUUCCCUAGUCUCUCUUCAAAUCCGAAUGCCUGACUUCCAGUGGCUUAAUCUAUCUGAAACUAAUGCCAGGCGAGCCCUGGUUGAGCAGUCCCGUUUCCAGGAGGCCCUAAUAGUUGCUGAAGGCUAUGAUCUUAACUGGCCAAGUGAGUGGGCCCUGGUACUUUGGAACCAGAUGCUUAAACCAGAACUUACAGAACAGUUUGUGGCUGAAUUUGUGGCUGUGCUUCCUCUCCACCCUUCAAUGCUUGGUGAUCUGGCCAGAUUUUACCGGGCUGAGGUUGCAGCCAGAGGUGAUCAGUCCCAAUUCUCAGUUUGGCUCACUGGGGGAGGAUUGCCAGCUGAAUGGUUGAAAUAUUUGGGAAGGUCAUUUAGAUGUUUAUUGAGGAGGACUCGGGAUUUGAAACUGCGGUUGCAGCUCGCUACCGUUGCUACCGGAUUUGGAGAUGUGAUUGAUGCAUGCAAUAAGGAAUUGGAUAAAGUUCCCGACACUGCUGGCCCGCUUGUGCUGAGGAAAGGGCAUGGUGGUGCUUACCUUCCUCUUAUGUAAAAGAUAUUUGAUCACAAAAGCAAUGGUUGCAAUGAUAAUCUUCACAUAAUGGUGAUGAUGAUGAUGAUGAUUAUCAUUAUUGAUCCUUUGGUAACAAGAUAAAAUGUGAACCGGGCAAUCUCUUGUAAAGAACUUGCACCAGGGUGUGUAUCAGAAUCGGGAGACAGGUUGUAAAUUAGGCGUCUGAGUUAGAGUGAUUCUUUUCCAGCUUCAGUGCCCAAGUAAGAAGCAGAUGGUAAUGAAGAAACUAUUUACUUUAGGUCGAAGCUGCAAAAUUUUGUGAAAUGGUUUUCUUUUGGCAACCUUUAAUCUGUCUUUGCUGAUAAGUUGGGAUCGGUUUUAUCUUCCCACCAAAUGAAAUGUCAAUGUAGUGUAUUUUUUAAGGUUCAUUUUUUCCUGUAACAAAAAAGAAAAAUGUACAGCAUGUACAUAGGUCUCUUCCUCAAUGCAUUUCAUAAACACUCAUUUUGCCCA